ACGUCACUGAUUAUGUCAUAAUGUCAAAUGCACUGCUGAAGAACACAAAUAGUAAUUUGUGAUUGAAUAGUAUUUCAAAACAAUUAUGAAGAAAUCAACAGAGAAACUGUCUUCAGACAAGUCGUCGGUAGAUUUAACUACACUGUAUUCUCCCAAGAGAUAUUUUAUAAAUAACGUUGAUUCGUACCAUGGAGACUAUUUCUUGCAAGAAGUGGCAAAGGUGUUCGAAAAAGAUAUUGUACCACUACCAUCAUCAUCUCGAAAUACCUCUCAAUCGCUUCUUGGUGAAGAUAUGGGAGUUAUAGAGCCCCCUCCGCCUGAGCAGCCCUACGAAAUUAUUGGGACUGUUGUUAAUGAAAAUACAAAGGGUUUGGAGAAACUUACGAGGAUCGUAACGAAAGAAGAUAGCAUACGACAAAUGCUGACAUGUGGCACAGUCGUACUUGAUAUUAGUAUCGAUAGAGAAGAACUUAAAUUGGCAAUGGAAUAUAUGACUGUACUGAAGGAGUUGCUAGAAAAACAAGCACCGGCAGAUGACGAUGCCGGUGAGCCUAGCGUCUUUACCGCCCCUGACUUCAAAAAACGCUACUUAAUAUUAAUAUCCACCGUUAUGACUUGGGCUUCCACCAAACCCUUAGAUCCGGAUAAUCCUGAAAUGCCUUUUGUAGAAACAGAUUUUCGUAAAAGGAGGCCGCAUCCUAAUUAUAAAAUGCAUUAUGACGUAGAAAAUGAAGUUAUUGGCAUAGCUAGAAAAUAUAGAAAACUUAUAGGAGCAAUAGUAGUAGCCUCUGGAGUGACCUAUGGAGGCAAGGAAGACGUGCUUUUCUUCUGGUUUCAAAAAGCAUGGGAGUGUGAACCGAUUCUUCCUAUCCUAGGUCGAGGAAACAAUUCAGUGCCUUUGAUAAAUAUUGUGGACUUGGGGACAAUUGUCCACAACUUAAUAAUGGAUUUCCCGAAGAAGUUAUACGUAUUGGCAGUAGAACAGAACGUUUCGAAACAAAGAGAUAUAAUAAAACCACUUGGACGACAAAUCGGUUCUGGAAUGUUCAAAUGCAUUCCACCAGAAGACGCAUUUUUGACUCCAGAAAUCGAUCAAAGAAUUUACGAUUUGAUGACUCUUAAUUUAAACAUGGAGCCAACUUUUAUCGUUGAGACAAUGGGACUGCAGUGGACUUUCGAAGGGACCUUCGCUGAUAACAUACCCGUUCUUAUGAAACAAUUUAAGAAAGAGAGAGGAUUGAAACCAUUUAAGAUUAUCGUGUAUGGUCCGCCUAUUUGUGGAAAAACAACUUUGGCAAGAAGUAUUUGUGAUACUUACGGUCUUAUUUACGUUUCCCCUGAAACCGUGGCCCAAGAUCUGCUGGAAGAUUUAACAUGGCGCGUGCAACAUUGGGAUAUUGGUGAAACAGCAGCGAUAGCUGUUCCAAAUCCUGAGGAAGAAGACUUGGGAAUGGAUGAUGAAGACCAGGGUGAAGACGAUGGAAUUCAAGAACAAGCUAGACAAACCUUGGCCUUACUCCAGUCGGGGCGUCCGCUUUCCGAUGAAGAAAUUAUUAUGUACCUUCGUCAAAAGUUGUUAAGUCGUGAGGCUCUCAACAGAGGAUGGGUACUUGACGGGUUUCCCAUGACCCAAGCACAAUGUCAAACAAUAUUUGAAAAAGGAGAGGAGCAGGAUUCUGAAGGUGGAGAAGAAACUCGUGACGAACCGUUUGAUGAAGAUGUGGAUUUAUAUAGCAAUGUGCUUAAGAAGCUAUUGCCAGAUAUUGUAGUAUCGCUGGAAGCUACUGAUGAGUUUAUUUGCGAGAAAGCUAUGAGACAACCGGAAGGAUAUUCUCGUCUGGAUGAAGAGACUACACUGAGAAGAUUAAGUGAAUUCCGAGCUGGUGAUACUCGAGAAAUUACUCCCCUUAAUUUCUUUGACGAAUUGGAUAUACAUCCAAUAGUGGUGCCUGUGAAAGACCAUACAGAUUACGAUAUGAAGGGCCCAUACACCGCCGUAACACUGCGAAUGGGUCGACCUUGCCGCUAUGGAAAACUUCUUGCUCUUAUUGAAGCUGCUGAGAAGAAAGAAAAAUGUGAACAAGAGACUUUGAAAUCCAAUGAAGCGAAAGCUCUAAAAGAAAAGGAGGAGAAACUAAGAACUGAACGCGAAGAGAAAAUGGAAUAUUGGACGGAGUUAUACGCAAUGAUGCGCGAAGAAGAAGAAGCAGCAUUGGCGGCUGCUGGCGAGCCCAUGCGCAAUUAUUUGGUUCAUCACAUCUUCCCAACCCUCACUCCUGCUUUACUUGAAGUCGCUAAAUUACGACCUGAGGAUCCUAUCGAUUUCUUAGCGGAACAUCUAUUCAAGCUGAAUCCGACCGGUAAAAUGCUUGAACCAGGAUAUAAUUUACAAGCGGAGAGUUUACUCGGGAAAAUUAAAAUAUUGGACAGCGCUUUGAAGGAUCUCGACAUUCAAAUUGAACCGCUAAUCACUCCAGAAUGUGAAAUACACGACCCAGAGCCUACCCACACUAUCAACCCCAUGAGUGCUCUUUAAAUUAUGAGUAUUGUCGUAGCUAUUUCUUAUAGGUAUCUUCAGGUAUUUAAUUACUUUUUGUUAA